CUGCAGGCAGAGCUGCUCUCUCACCGCUCCACAUCCCCAGCGACGCCGCUCUGACCGCAGAACAACAAACGCUCCGCCGUGCACAUCCUCACACUGUCAUGCAGCGCAGAGAGCGGCGGCUCCUCCUCCUCCUCCUCCUCCUCAUCGCCUCCUCCUUUCACGCGUACGCACAGUCACACUUCUAAUCCUGCUGCAGAAGCCCACUCCUUCCUCAGAGGGGACAGAAGAUGCGGCCGGAAUGUGAGUGAGGAGCUCCAUCACAAGCGUCUGCCUGGAGGACGCCUCCCUCCGCCUCCACCCGCGCGCCUCCAGCUCCGCAGCAGAGUGGCUGCACGGGGAAUGCUCGGCGGACGAAGACACGAGGCCUGAACAAUGAGCAGCCAGGACAAAUGGGUCACAUUGACCCCAGCUGAAUUUGCCUUGUUACAGGAGUACACGCAGUACUCCACCAAGAAGCUGAAGGAUGUGCUGCAGGAGUUCCAUGGAGAUGGUGUGUUGGCCAAAUACAAUCCAGAGGAGAAGCAGGAAAUCCUCAGCCAGGAGAUCGACUUUGAGGGCUUCAAGGUCUUCAUGCAGACGUUCCUGGAGAGCGAACUCCCCGAGGAGUUCUGCCAGCACCUCUUCAUGUCGUUCAGCACCAAGGGACCCAAACCCAGUCCCUCCUCCGAGCGGCCCAGAGUGUCUGGGCUGAAGCUGCUCAAAAGCAACUCGACUCCUCUGAAGAACCCGGCGCUGCCGCGGCCGCUGGACGCGGUGCAGCUUAAGGACAUCGUGUGUUACCUGUCGCUGCUGGAGGGCGGGCGUCCUGAGGACAAGCUUGAAUUUAUGUUUCGACUCUAUGACACGGACGGAAACGGGUGUUUGGACAGCUCGGAACUGGAGCACAUUAUCUCCCAGAUGAUGCACGUGGCAGAGUACCUGGAAUGGGACGUGACCGAGCUGAAACCAAUUCUCCAGGAAAUGAUGCAGGAGAUCGACUACGAUCGUGACGGCACCGUGUCACUGGAGGAGUGGAUACAAGGGGGCAUGACCACCAUCCCACUGCUGGUGCUGCUGGGCCUGGAGACCAACGUGAAAGACGACGGGCAGCACGUGUGGAGGCUGAAGCACUUCAACAAGCCGGCGUACUGCAACCUGUGCCUCAACAUGCUCAUCGGCCUGGGCAAGCAGGGCCUCUGCUGCUCAUUCUGCAAGUACACGGUCCACGAGCGCUGCGUGGCUCGCGCGCCGCCGUCGUGCAUCAAAACCUACGUCAAGUCCAAGAAAAACACAGAGGUAAUGCAUCAUUUCUGGGUGGAGGGGAACUGCCCCACCAAGUGUGACAAGUGUCACAAAACCAUUAAGUGUUACCAGGGCCUGACUGGGCUCCACUGUGUGUGGUGUCAAAUCACGCUCCAUAACAAGUGCGCCUCCCACGUGAAACCUGAGUGUGACUGCGGACCCCUGAAGGAUCACAUCCUGCCCCCCAACUCCAUCUGCCCCAUCGUCCUGGAAAGGCAGUCCACGCUGAGGAAAGACUCGCGCUCCAGCCAGUCGAGUCGGGGAAAGAUGCAGAGAGCCAACUCUGUCACGGUGGAUGGACAAGGACUUCAGAUCACAACAAUAGAGGGCACUCAUCCUCUGCUAGUGUUUGUCAAUCCGAAGAGCGGGGGGAAGCAAGGCGAGAGGAUAUACAGGAAGUUCCAGUAUCUCCUGAACCCGAGACAAGUGUACAACCUGGCCAAGAACGGGCCCAUGCCGGGGCUGAACUUCUUCAGAGAUGUUCCUGACUUCAGAGUGCUGACGUGUGGAGGCGACGGCACCGUGGGCUGGAUCCUGGACUUCAUCGAUAAGGCCAACCUGGACAGGAACCCCCCCGUGUGCAUACUUCCUCUUGGCACAGGCAACGAUCUGGCUCGAUGUCUGCGAUGGGGCGGAGGCUACGAGGGCGAGAGCCUCCUGAAGAUCCUGCGGGACGUUGAGAACAGUGCGGAGGUGAUGCUGGAUCGCUGGAAGAUUGAUGUGACACCCACAGACAAGGAGGAGCGCGGCGACCCGGUGCCUUACAGCAUUAUAAACAACUACUUCUCCAUCGGAGUGGACGCAUCCAUCGCACAUCGUUUCCACGUUAUGAGGGAGAAGCAUCCUGAGAAGUUCAACAGCAGAACAAAGAAUAAGCUCUGGUACUUUGAGUUUGGCACUUCGGAGACCUUUUCGGCCACAUGUAAGAAGCUCCACGACUUUCUGGAGGUUGAGUGUGAUGGUGUCACGCUCGACCUCAGCAGCAUCUCCCUGGAAGGCAUCGCCAUCCUCAACAUUCCCAGCAUGCACGGCGGCUCCAACCUUUGGGGCAAGAGCAAGAAGAGACGGGGCAACCGCAAGGGGGGCAAAAAGGGCCAAGACAAGAGGACGCCAGUGCUCGACCCCAAAGAGCUGAUGUUUGCAGUUCAAGACUUGUCUGACCAGCUGCUGGAGGUGGUGGGACUUGAAGGAGCCAUGGAGAUGGGUCAGAUCUACACCGGCCUGAAGAGCGCUGGGAGGCGCCUGGCUCAGUGCUCGUCUGUGACAAUCAGAACCAGUAAAUCCCUUCCGAUGCAGAUCGAUGGUGAACCUUGGAUGCAGACUCCUUGCACCAUCGAGAUCGUCCACAAGAACCAGGCGCCCAUGCUGAUGGGUCCACCUCAAGGCCGGAGCUUCUUCUCCUCCGUCCUCAGACGAACUCGCACCGAGGGCAAGGACUGACGCGGCCCGUGUUCUGACCCGGGUCACGCUAGGUGCAGGGCGGCGGUCCGGAGCCGAUCCCUUGGCCCUUUGAGGGCGGGCCUUGACGCCCGCUCGGCGGCUGGUGAUCGGUAGCAGCCUGUAGGUUCAGUGUGUCCCGCGCAGCACGGAGGCGUCGGGGAGAGAUCCUCCAUCGAUGCAGAGUGAGCUGUGUUUGAGACCGAUGCUUUGAUCCGCGCCGUGUUGUGUCGUUUAGCUAAAAACACUGAAGCUUUUUCAGGAAGUCCACUCAGUUUUUACGUUUUCGUGUGAUAUGUGCCAUGUGGAGCCAGGCCACAGAUGAAUGUGCUACGUGACAUGAUCUAUUUAUUUAUUUAUGUUUUGCUGCUAUUAAUGUUCCAAAGGUUUUUUCGAGGUUUUUUGCAUUAGCAUAACCCAACGCAUGAUGGACAGUGGGUUCUUGGCUGCUGGAGUCGACAUAUCUGGAGUCUGGAGCUGAUCUUCCUCCACCGUGUUUGGACCUGAAGCUCCUCCGCUCAGCAUUUCUGCUACGUUUGGCUCAAAGUGGUGAAGAGACUCGGAAACACUUUCGCUUUCUUUUACUCUUCCCCACUCGUCACCCUUGUCAUGUUUUGAUCCGCCGCUCCGCCGGUGGAAGGAGCAGGAGCGAUUAUUGACUGUUCAUAAAAAAUGCAUGACGCUCUUUGUCUUUGGUUGCACGAGAGCUUUCCACACGGUUUUCCCUGUUGUGCUGCAUGAGUGGCCGACAUCUCUUGUGACACUUGUGGAACUUGAUGGUUUUUUGCAUUUUUAUCUGCAGCUGUACUCGACUUUACCAUAUCACACUUCACCUGGGAGACGGCUGCACAGAUUCCUUCUGAUUUCCCUCACUAGAGCUCAGCCCGACUGCAUGUUUAAACCACGACGCGCUCCCAAAGAAGCAGCUUGGCCUCUUCUGGGCCGCAUGCUUGUUCUGAUGUCAACACACACUCUGCAUAGUCAUUUAACCUACAGUAUAAAACAAAAUGACUGUUGACACUUGGUCUUGAUUUAACGCAUCAAUCAGGUAAAUGAAUCCUAUUUGAUAUUUGACAGAAUCCAUGUUUUCUUAAGGUUUAUACAACUUCACAUCAGAAACCACCAAAGACAUUAUUGCAACUGUGUAAAUAACAUUAUUCGUUUUAAAUGUGGUGGGUUCUCACAGAUCUACAGUUUGAGACAUCUGAUCAGUGCUCUUUGAAACAACUGCACUCCUGCAUGUUUAUGAGAAUACGUCUAGGCUUGACUGUUUGAGUCUCUAAGUGCCACACGCCAGCGGAGGCCCGUCUCCCGUCUCUUUGCUUCGUGAGGUGCAGCGUUUGUACAGUGAGGUUGUAUUUUUGUACGAGGUAUUAUUUAUUUUUCUGCUUUCGUGCUUCGUUGUAGAACUCGCACCGUGUUGUUCUGCCCAAAACGAUCUCUGCCUGCCAAUGUUUACUGGAAAAGUCAUAAUGGAAAUAGUAAAAAGCUUUUAUCGUUUGA